CCCGUGUGUUUAGUUGAGGUACAACCUGCUUUGCCCUGUUGCUGCAGUCAACGCCCCUUAAAACAAAUGUACGACACGGAACAAGGAAGUAUGCACCUGUUGCUGCCACCUCUCUAUCUAUCUUUCAACACAUUUUACGGACGCGAUAAUUAGUUUAGGUGUUGUGGAGAGCGAUGGCAGAGGCUGAGGAGGCAGGAGCGCCAGGCGAGGAGCAGCAGCAUCAGCUCAGCUCUUCCGCAGAUCCGGAGCACCGCCAACCUGAUGCCCCGACAGUGCACACUGAGGAGCGGGCAGCGGAGGGCGGAGAGGCCCAUACCCAGCUCGAAGCCAUCUCUGGGGAGUCAUCUCCGGGCAAGUUUAAGACCAAGAGGUUCUUCGUGUUGAGGCCUGGCACUCUGAAUCAGGCCAUCAAAGACGUUGAAGCUCUGGUGGAUAAAGAAGUAGAUGGCAGCGUUCUCAGUGUUUGGCUGAUGGCAGAGGUGGAUCACUGGAACAAUGAAAAGGAGCGUCUCGUUCUCAUCACAGACAACUCUCUCCUGGUCCUCAAGUACGACUUUCUCAUGUUCAACUGUGAGCAAAUCCAGAGGAUCCCACUGAACUUUGUGGAUCGCAUCGCUCACGGCACCUUCAGUUUCCCAAAGCGCUCCUUGCUUCAGAGAGAAGGGGAGGGUGUGCGAGUCUUCUGGGACCGGCUGAGAGAGCCCUCCUUUACCUCCAGGUGGAACCCCUUCGCCACUGACCUCCCCUUCAUCACCUUCACUUCCCACCCUGUGAGGACCAUCAGCGACUCGUUCACCACCCUCUGCGAUAUCGAGAAAUUCCGCGAGCAGCUCAAAGAUACAGCGCAGAAAGCCCACACCAUGAAACCGGUCCCUGGAAAGGCCAACGGUGUCCUGGUCCUGAAUCAGCCCAUCCUCGUUGAGGCGUACGUGGGCCUCAUGUCUUUCUUCGGGAAUCAGAACAAACUGGGCUACUGCAUGGCUCGAGGAAACAUUGGCUUCUAAACUCUUUAACAUUAAUAUAGUUUAGCUUUUUUGCAUGAAAUUGUUUGCAGAUGAUUUAUAAAUCCAGAGUUUAUGUUGAUCAGUAUGUUUACAGAGAGUUCAUACAAUUUCACAAGAAUUGACCAAAGAUUUCUUUAUUCAGGUUUGCGCUUUGUUUCACACUGACGGCUGAAUUCUCAGAAUGUGUUGUAUGAGGUUUAAACAACAGUGUGAUCUCCUCCACCGCUUAUUACCAGUGUGUGGUGUCUGAGUGCUCAGAAAUAUCCACGUUUCAACACCGCUCUUGACUGGAUGAUGGAUCCCCCGCUGUUCUCAAGGAGCUUUGUAUUUGCUCCUCAGUGAUAUGGUAAUUCAACUCUUUCGCAAUGGGACUCCUUUCUUCCUCCCCCAGUGUCUCUGUUAAAAGCUCAUUCCCAUGCCAUUCAGCCCCUCAGAGAUUCACUGGAGCAUGGAGGAACAUUUGUCAGUUUAUCAUUCAUAGUGUAUUUUUGCAGUGCAUACAGUGUUGGAAUUUCCCCUUGAUUUGUGUGUUUACCGUGUGACGCACAGCCUUGUUUGGUGCCAUUGUUUGUCUUGUGAGUCUGCCACUGACAAAAACUAUAGGCUAGUGUUUUCUUUUCAUUUAAGUGGUAUAAGAUACACAGACAGACUUUUCAUGCAACUUUUAACUUGUAAAGUCCUGUUAUUGUUGUAGUUCCGAAUAAUAUUAUGACAGAUUUAAGUUUUCAGUCCUGGUUUGUUUGGCAGAACCUGUGGUUACUGGUGGUAACAACUAGUACAGAAUAAUACUACAGCAAACACUCCUUGAGAAGUUAUUGUCAGAAUAUACAAAAGAGGAAACUGGUAUAUGUUUACAGUGCGACCAAACAAACAAGUUGUUUUAAUAAAGAUAUCAGUUGAUAA